AUGAGUCUUCCAACAACUGCACGCGGAUGGUCCGUCCGAGCCAUCGACAAAGACAGCUUCGAUGGACUCAACUUUCAAGAGAGCAUACCUCUCCAACCCCUCGGAGACUACGACGUGCUCGUCAAAAUCGAAGCCGUCUCUCUAAACUACAGAGACUUGGCCAUCCCAAGGGGCCGGUACCCGUUUCCCAUGAAUCUCCCCGUCGUUCCCGGGUCCGACGCCGCCGGCAUCGUCCUCGCAGCCGGCCCCAAGGCGACAAAGUUUGCAAAGGGAGACAGAGUCUGCACCCUGUUCAACGAGCUUCACCAAUCGAACCCAAUCACUCCCGAAGCGGUCGAGAGCGGACUUGGAGGUGCGAUAGACGGCACCCUGCGCAACUACGCCGUCUUCACGGAGCAGGGCCUCGUCCGGGCGCCCGCUUCCCUCAACGCCAUCGAAGCGAGCACCCUCACCUGCGCUCCAUUGACGGCGUGGAAUGCCCUCUACGGCCUGCAAUCCAAGGCCUUGAAAACAGGGGACUGGGUUUUGGCCCAAGGCACAGGCGGCGUCAGUCUUGCCGGUAUUCAGUUCGCCGCUGCAGCGGGAGCCACGGUGGUCGCUACGACCUCGUCAAAUGACAAGAUUGACUUCCUCAAGGAACUCGGCGCUUCGCACGUCAUCAACUACAGGGAAGAAUCUGACUGGGGCCAGGUAGCCAGGGAUUUGACACCCGGACGUGCUGGUUUCGACCACAUUCUGGAGAUUGGUGGCCCAGGGAGCAUUGCGCAGUCACUCAAGGCCAUCAAGUUGGAGGGCGUCAUCACCAUCAUUGGUUUCCUCAGUCCUUCUGAUAUGCAGCCGCCGUUGAUGGAUGUGCUCAACCACCUUUGCACUGUCCGGGGCAUCUUUGUCGGCUCGAGGCAGCAGUUUGAGGAGAUGAAUCGGGCGAUUGACUCGGCCAAGAUUCACCCAGUAGUUGACCCCAAUAUAUUCACGCUGGAAGAUUUGAAGAAGGCGUACCAGUAUCAGUGGGAGGGGAAGCAUCUCGGAAAGGUGGUUGUCAAGGUCGCAAGCUAG